UGAAGGCUACGGGCUAGGCAAUAGAGAACUAACUAUCUAGGUAAUCGGCAAAACUUUCUAGGUAGUAAUAAUGGAAGCAAAAACAAAAAUUGAUGAAUUUAAUAUACCAGUGCCCUGGGGACAUAUUGCAGUGAAAGCCUGGGGAGAUAGCAAUGACCCCCACGUUUUGGUGGUCCACGGAAGACUUGACAACGCAGGAGGAUUCGAUAACUUGAUGCACCUCCUUCCAAACUGUUUCUACUACGUUUGCAUGGAUUUGCCUGGCCACGGAAAAUCCUCACAUUUUCCCGCUCAUCUGCCUUUGCAAACACUAGAUCAAGUCAUAGCGUACAAAUUGGCCAUAGCUCAUUUCGACAAGAAGUUUAUCAUUUUGGGGCACAGCUAUGGGGCACAGUUAGCUUUGCUUUUCACCAGAUUAUAUCCAAACCUUGUUGAAAAAAUAAUUUUGUUAGACGCUUUCCAUUUAUACACAAAGGAAGUGAAAGAUUUAAAAAAAUACCUUAUCAAGAAACUGGAAAGCUUCCUGGAUAUCGACGCUAAAUUAGCCACCAGGCAGCCACCGACCUACACUUAUGAGGAAGCCAGAGAAAGAAUAAGCGGCAACAGGUAUCAGGGUGAAACUCUGCUAACUAAAGCAGCUGAUCCUUUAUUGGCGAGGAUGUUGAAAUCAGCAGACAAUGGAAAAUACACAUUCACUUUCGACCAGCGAAUGAAGAGCUACAUCAAUCCACUACACGACCGCCGUUUUGCCAAGGAAAGUUUGCUGGAGGACCCAGUAACUUGCCCGGUAUUGCUGAUCCUGGCAAAGCAAAACCAGAAACCGAUUAGGAAAUACGCAGAUAUAUUGGACAUGAUAAGGAAGUGGAAAAAUGUGACUGUGAGAUUCGUAGAGGGUGGUCACGAUGUCCACAAUAACUACCCCGAAAGGGUUGCUCCCCAUAUCACUGAGUUUUUGUUGAAACAGGAAGCGAAAUUAUGAUAUUCAAAGUGUUGAGUUUGUUAUAAAUGGCAUG